UAUCUUUCGGCCGUAUUUUCUGAUAGUACCAGUGCCGGAAUUGUCCGUGUCUGGGAGGCUAGUUUCUUAAGCGAGGCGAACACGAGUGGCUUCUCGACACUUUUUGGUAAAACCGCGAUGAACGCAGAUUCGAGUUCCCAAGAUGCGAUACAAAAGCUGCGGGACACAGAGGAAAUCUUAAAAAAGAGACAGGACUUCUUGGAACAGAAAAUAAGUAAAGAAUUAUUAAUAGCCAAACAGAACGGAAUCAGAAACAAGAGGGUUACCCUUCAAGCCCUGAAACGUAAGAAAAGAUAUCAGCAACAUUUGGCCCGAAUUGAUGGAAUACUCUGCAAUAUUGAGAAUCAGCGGGAAGCCCUAGAAAAUGCAUCCACCACCAGAGAGGUUCUAGACACCAUGUCAACAGCAGCUGCAACCUUGAAGAUGGCACAUCAAAACAUGGACACUGACAGUAUUGACAAGCUGAUGACUGAAAUCACAGAGCAGCAGGAGAUUGGUCAGGAGAUUUUGGAUGCCAUAUCAACACCAACUGGCUUUGCAGAUGACAUUGAUGAGGAUGAGCUACUAUCAGAACUGGAGGAACUGAAGCAGGAAGAAAUUGAGGAAGAGCUGCAGCCCUCUCAGCUUCCCAGUGCCCCAAGCGAGUUGCCAUCAAUACCAGUAAGCCAAAAAGAUGCGGAUGAACAUGAGAUAAGAAAGUUGGCAGAAUGGGCUUCUUGAAGAACAACAAAAAUGGGCUUUGGUUUCUUCCAGACUAAAUUGUAGUUUACCAAGUCAUUUUUAUUGCUUUCCGAUUUUAAUAAGAAAAGAACUUACUGUGAUCACGUUUGUUUUCUGUCCACAUCAGCCAGUGGAACAAUUUUACUGAA